AUUAUAAGUUGGAAAAAUAUUAAAGAAAAUUUAAGAAACUAUGUGUUAAUUUUUAACAAAUUUAAAUAUUUUGUGAAAUCUUUAGAUUUCAAUGUGAAUUAUAAAUAAAAAUAGUGAUUUAAGCCACGUCAUUGUGUGGAUGCACUUUACGGGAAGAACGACGACGGCAGCUUAACACAAUUUUACUUUUUUUCUUUUUAUUUUAUUAAAGUUUUUUCCAAACCAUUGUUCCUCACACACAUACACACAUCAGAGACGUGUCUAAACCUCAAAAAAAAGUCCAAAAGAGCCUGACUCAGCUAUUUAGCGAACGUAUUUCAAACACAAAAAUCUUAUAUACAAGAAUAUAAAUUUAAAUAAUCAACUAUUUUGCAAGACGGAUUGAAGGAUAUUGAAUAUAAAAGCAGACAUCCAAGUGGAUUCCUUGUAAAGCCAACCACCCAAAAAAUAACCUGCCAAGCAAAAACAAAAUAACAAACAACAAAACAAGUUUAUACUAAAGUCAGCCACAAAGAGGUCAAAGAAGAAUAUAAACAACCAAACGUGUUUUAUUAAGAAAUAUAUACAUAUUUAUAGUAUCAAAAGUAUUCGAAUAUUUUUUCUUCUAAUAUAUGUACCAACCAAUCAACCAACCAACCAACAAAGCAACAGGAAAAAAGAAAACAUACCGAGUUAUUAUAUAAUAUUUAUAUCAUCAAUCAACAAGAUCCUCUCCCUCAAAAAUUACAUUAAAUUCUACUAAUGAUACAACAAAAUACUAUAAUAAUAUAAUUUAAAUUUAAAACAAACGUUUUAGCGUUAGUUGUGUGAGACUAAGGACCUAAGGAAACGGAAGCUGGAACUGAAACAGUAUAUCAUAACAUUUUACAUUAAAUAUAUAUAUACGUGUAUAUAUUCCAUAUAUUAAUUAAAAUAAAUAAAUGUGUGUGUUUGUAAGCAAGAGGAUUAAUAACAAAUUAUCAUUUAACUACGACAACAACAGAACAUAUUUUCUGCAACAUUGCUGAAUAUAAUAAAAGCAACCGCAAUUGAAAUUAGAACAGAUAAAAGUUAGCAGCAGCUUUAAGAGUCUGCGGAAACGCAACUUUAAACUCCAAAGGAGCAACAGUUCGAGAAACAAAACUAUUAAUUUGUAUAAAUUUAUUUUUUUUUAACCAACAAUCGUAAAUCAACAAUCAUAUAAUAGCAAUAAACACAUACAAAUCAUUAAAAGUAGAGCACAGAGUGAGAGAUACAUUUAUGUAUAUUAUCUCAAGAAGCUCCUAAAUACAAACAAAUAAACAAAAAUCAAAGGCUGCUGUCCCUUGGAUAACAAAAACGUUGACAAAACAAGGGCAAAGAAGAAAAGCUCAGGGGAAUAAAAAACAGUUGUAUCCACAUUUAACAAUUUUAAAACAUAAAUUAAAAAUAAACAUAAUAACUAUAGGCUAAGUAACUUGAAAUCUAUUUAAAACUAUAGAAUAUAAUAUUAUAGAUAGAUAGCGUAGCCAAAUCCAAUUAUAAAUUUAACACAACAAACCAACAUACAUCCAUCCAACCAACCAACCAGCGAGCGAUCGAUCGAUUGAUCUAUAUAAAUCAAUACAACCACAAACAAAAUAUAAAUUCUAAACACAAUGGACGAGUCACAGCCGAAAACGUUGUAUGUAGGGAAUUUGGAUGCCUCCGUUUCAGAGGAUUUAUUAAUCGCUCUAUUUAGUCAAAUGGGUUCAGUGAAAAGUUGUAAAAUUAUACGUGAGGCCGGCAAUGAUCCCUAUGCUUUUAUCGAAUAUUCAUCUUACCAAUCAGCCACGACCGCCUUAACAGCCAUGAAUAAACGUUUAUUUCUCGAUAAAGAAAUUAAGGUUAAUUGGGCCACUAGUCCUGGCAAUCAGCCGAAAACAGACAUUAGUUCACAUCACCAUAUCUUUGUGGGCGAUCUAAGUCCUGAAAUAGAAACCGAAAGCUUACGCGAAGCAUUUGCUCCAUUUGGAGAGAUCUCUAACUGCCGCAUUGUACGUGAUCCGCAAACAAUGAAAUCAAAGGGUUACGCCUUCGUAUCGUUUGUUAAAAAGGCAGAAGCCGAAAAUGCAAUACAAUCAAUGAAUGGCCAAUGGAUUGGUUCUCGUUCCAUACGUACCAAUUGGUCAACGCGCAAGCUAGCACCUCCACGCGAAACCAGUAAAACAAAUGCGGGCGGCGGUGGUGGAGGUAUAAAAAACAACUCACGACAAACCUUUGAAGAAGUCUACAACCAGUCAAGUCCCAUGAAUACCACAGUCUAUUGUGGUGGCUUCCCGCCAAACUUGAUUACCGAAGAACUCAUGCACAAGCAUUUCGUGCAAUUCGGUAACAUACAAGACAUACGUGUUUUCAAAGACAAAGGCUAUUCCUUCAUCAAGUUUUUUACAAAAGAAUCGGCAGCUCGUGCCAUCGAACAUACACACAAUUCGGAAGUGCUCGGCAAUACGGUCAAGUGUUUCUGGGGCAAAGAGAAUGGUGGCUUUAAUGCGGCAGCUGCCAACAACGAUAAUCAGAUGAAUAAUAUGGCAGCGGCGUCAGCAGGUGCUGCUGCUGCGGCGGCUGCAGCAGCUGCUGGAGCCAUCAUUGGACCAGGUGGUAUGCCAACGACACCACAACAAGCAGCCGCCGCUCAAGCGGCAGCAAAUGCAGCAGCAGCUGCCGGUGCCACGAUACCCGGACAAAUGAUGACACAACAACAACUUGCCGCUGCAGCAGCAGCCGUACAAUAUCCAUAUGCGACGGCAUAUCAACAAAUGGGUUAUUGGUAUCCACCAGCGGGCUAUCAAGCAGCGCAAAUGCAAACACAAUAUAUGCAACAAGGCUACUAUCCAUACGCUUAUGCAGCAAGUGCGCAACAAGCUGGAGGCAUGCCUGCUGGUUACAGAAUGGUUCAGCCGAACGUUGCUUGGGGAGUUCCAGGAACAGUAGUACCAGGUGUUACAGCAGCAGCCACAGCAGCAAACGGUUCUCUGGGGCCACAAAUGAUGUAUAGCGCAGCAAUGCCACAAUAUCAAACCCAAUGAAGCUACUAAACUAGAGCAUGUUUUGUACAAAAUUUUGUUAGAGCCAAAACAAAAUUAUAUUCAUGAGUGUUGUUUUUUUUUUUAUUUUUUUUACUUGUCAAGAACGGACAAGAACAAAUGUGUAUUUGGACAAAUGAACAAGUGUGAUGUUGUAUUAUUAAGAUAUAAAAAAAAUAACUAAUUAAAAAAGUGAGAGAAAAACACAUUUAAAAUGUUUGUGAACACUCUGAAAACAUUUCUAUUUUAUAACUUGUACACAAACAUGCUUCAACAACAAUUUUUCAACAAAUGCUGUCUGUCAAAAGAGAAAACUAAUUUGACUUGAGAUCAUUUUUAUGUGUGUGUGUGUGUGUGCGUCAAAGAAUAAUGAAUAACAAGCAGAGGAAGAAGAACAACACAGAACCAGAACCCAACUGAAACAGAAAUAAAUUUGUAUGAAUAAGACACAAAACAUAAAAAGGAUUAAUAAUAAUGCAAACAAGAAAACCACAACAAACAAACAAAACAAAUCUCUCUCGCUAUAUUCCUUGGUUGUUUGCGAAUAAUACAAAAUAUAUGCGUAACUUACUUAUGUACGCUCCCCGUACAAUACACCAUUAACAAUAAAUAAGCCAUUCUGGCAUCAUCUCAUGCCUCCUACCUAUUACGAAUAAGAAGACCAAAAUAUUGUACUACUUACACUAGCUUCAGUUUUUCCCUUCCAUUCACUCUACUAUCAAUUCAACACCAGCAGGACAAGUCGAUUGUGAAAUCAAACGAUUGCUUUUUAUAAAACACAAUUAUUUUAUACAUAAUUUUACACAAAUCCUUCUAUAUCUACAUUACACUAAAUUUUACUCCAUUUGCAUAUUACAUGUCAUAUAGAAACAUUUUUACAAAUCCUGGGAAGAAAUCAAUUGCUUUUGACGAAAGAAAAUUUAAAAUUAAAAAAUUUUCCCAUUCCACUUUAUUUAUUAUAAAACGUUUAUCUAUUUAUUUAUUUAUUGUGUGAAAACAUUUAUUCGCUUUAAAAACAACAACGAAAACAAACACUUUAUUAUGUUCAACAUAUUGCUUAAAAAAUGCAAUUGGACAAUAAGAAAGAAGAACAUUAACAAAUUGCAAUUAUUCAAUAAUUAUUGAAAUUCAGCAUUGAUUUUCGAUUCUCCCAAUUCUUAAACUUACUCCGCCCUUCUCUCUUCCUAUACAUCGCCGCAUAUAUCUUGUACUAUUCGCUUUCAAUCUCAAAACAAACAAAUAAAACAAAAACAAAAAAACAUAGAUGUUAGGUCGUUGUUAAUUAAAUUAUAUUUAAAAUAAACAAAAGAAUAAUUAUAAUAAAAAAAUCUUAAAAAAUAAACUGCAAACAAAACUUUAUUGCAAGAAGAAGAAGAAGAAGAAACUAUAGAAAACAAAAUCAACAACAAAACAAAACAAAAACCAACAAGUGAUAGUAUAAUCUAAGGAAUCUGUCACUUUUUCGUCCUUUUUCACAUUUUAUUAUUAUUAUUACUUACUAUUAUUAAAUUGUCGUUACCAUCUAUCUCUCAUUUCUUUGCUUAGCAAACAAAACAAAAAAAGGAAAAACUGAUUAAUUAGUCAUAAAUCAUAAAAUAUUUUUUCUACAAAAAGAUUGUAAUUUAUGUAUCUAAAACAAACAAAAAACUCUUUACAACAAAAAAAUUUCGUGUGAGGUAACCAAAACACCAACAACAACAAAAAAAAUUAAAUUAAGUAACUACUCAAAAAAACAAAACAAAAAAUUUACGUUGAACAACGUCAAAAAAAAAAUUUAUAAUUAUGACUGGGAUUUUAAUCUCUAUAAGAAAAUCCAAAAAAAAUCCAAAACAAAAACAAAAAUAUUAAAUUUAUUGUUGAAAUGAUAAUUUAUUUUACUAAGAUACAAUAUUAGGA